CAAAAUAAAAGGUAGACCGUAGAAGAAAAAGAAAAAAAAACCUGGAAAUUAGACAACAUGUCGGACAACGAAGACUGGUUAGAUGAUGACUUCGGAGGUGAAAGCCUGACCGACUUCAAUCCUGGAAAUGAGGAGGAGGAUUUGCUCUUAGCUGAUGAUUAUGAAAGUGGUCCUCAAAAUGUGCCAACUUCAAUCAGACCAUACAAUGAACGGGAAAUACUUAUUCAAUCAGGCGACUAUUCUACGCAUCCCAUAGAGGAUAACCAGCCCUUGGUGUACCAGCCAGCUGUUGAACCAGAAUGUGUUGUUCCAAACAUAACAGUUGAGGUACCAAACCAGCCUACAGAUCAUGGACAUUGCACAUAUGCUCCAUAUGAGCCUGCAUAUGACCCAGAAAGAACAGUUCCUCGAGCUAUUCCUGCUGGACCAGUUGAGUCGCCACAGAUUGUACCUUCUGAAAUCAAUCAACCAAUUGCAAACGUAGAGAUGGGUCGCCAGAGAUUCAUUGCAGAACGUAGCCCCGCACAGAGGAUGCCUCAAGUCAGAGAUAUACCGGACACAUUAGAUAAAGUGGUGAUACCCCGCAGUUCGUUCCGCGGCAGGCCGUGGAUUCGAUCCCAGUACACCAGGCACUCGCAUCCUUACCGGACCAAUUAUGUACAUCGGGCUAAAUUUAAUCAACGCGUGUCCUUCCCGCCGCCUCAAGUUCGUCCAAACGCCUCACAAAUUCGAGUAGAGAACCGGCCUCCAAUCCAACCAGUGAUUCGCCCACCAACCCAACCAGACUUUCGACCACCCGUUCAAUCGGAGAUAGGUCCUCCUAUCCGAACGGAGGUCCGCCCACCCAUCCAACCGGAUAUCCGUUCGACCGUUCCACCUGGAAUCGGACCACCUAAUCAACCGGACGUUGGACCACCGACGCAACUGGACGCGCGUCCUAUUCAAACGGAGAUCCGGCCGCUGGUCCGGCCCGACAUGCCGCCGGAUAUCCGUAUCGUCCGACCGGAGAUGAGGCCCAUGCGCCCGGAAGAGUUGCCUCCUCCCAUGCUGGCACCAGAGAUAUCCCCGGAAAGAGCACCACAUCCGGAGUUCAGAAUGAAUCCCCCGAGGUUCUUCAGGCCGAGCAUGGAGGGACAGUUUGGUCCGGGCAGACCACACUUCGAGCCUCGCGGGCUCCAACACUACAGGUCGGCGCGCGCUCCCCCGCGGCAGGAGGUGCGCAUGCUACCCGUGCUGCCGCCGCUCGCCGGCAAGAAGGUGCUCAUCAACCCGCACUUCAAGGGAAACUUUCAGCCGCCGCUCGAAGGGUUCCCGGCGUACAUACCGACUAGGAUACAAAAAUCGCCUCCCCGAAGUCCGCCGCCGUAUCAAACCGGUCCGAUAAAGGACAUUGACGAGGCGGCGGAGAGGUUCAUAGCCGAGCAAAGGGACGCACUGGCGCGGGCCGCCGGCAGGAAGGCCAGGCGCUCGCCGCAGAGGUACAUCGAGAAUACUACCAUAGAGAUCGAGAAUGAGCUAGCGCAGAAUCCGGGGUGGGGCGGCGGCAGGGGGAGGGCGGGGGAGGACGAGGAGUUGCUGAGGAGGCAGGAGGAAUUCAUCAAUGCCAACAGAGCUGGCCUGAGGAGACGGAUGAGGUCUCCGUCCCCUCCACGCCGGCCCCCCUCUCCGCGGCGCAGCCCCCCGCGGCGGCCCAGGGACAACGACGAGGAGUCGGAGUACAAGCGCCGGGUUCGCGAGCAGGAGACCCUGAGGGAGAGGGUGCUCCGCGCCAAGGAGCUGAGGAGGAGGAGGAACGCGGCACUCAGUCGUCAGCCGCCGCAGAGCAAGGAAGAUGCAGAUAGCAGAGACAAAGAGACGACCCCUCCAAAAUCUGAAGAACCCCUCAAACCGGUCCCCCGGGUGGACCAGCCGACCAGCUCAGAGGAAAUCAAACCGGACACCACCAAGAAGUCUCCAGAGAGGAAAACCGAGCUUGUAAAAAGAGCACCACCUCCGGCUGCGAAGGAACGGACCCCGCCCAGAGACGACGGCGCUGAGGUCAACUCUACCUGCGAGACAUUGACCCCCCCUCCUCCGGGCGGGUCCCCCUCCCCGCCCCCCGCCACGCCCCCGCUGCCGCCGCUGCGCACCGACACGGACGACGAGCUCGACCUCAUCCUCGAGGACAUCGACGAGAUCCUCAGCGACGACGACGACACCGGACGGUUCAAGGCCAAAUCGCAGCCAGAACCGGAGCCCAGCAAGAACCAGCUCGACCUCCGCUCCAAGCUGGCGCCGCGGAGCACCCUCACCCUCGCCGAGAGGAAGCAGGAGCGGCAGAAGAUCAUCUACAACGACGGCAGGGGCGACAAGAAAAACGACAAGUCGCCGCCCGCCAAGCCGCUGGUCUCGUCCACCAGGAGCGAGCCCGCUGACGUCGUGCCCAGGAAGAUCGUUAAGGUGGCGCAGGCGGCGGAGGGCGCGGCCCCGCGGAACCGCCGGAGGAUCGUUUUUGACACUAAAGAGCAAGAGAACCGCGACGACGACAAGAGAACGUUCUCGAACCGCCGCGUCAUCCUGCAGCGGAAGGACAAGCCUCGCAUUGAGAUAAACAAGGAGGGGCUGGGGAUGCUGAGCCGGGCGCUGCGCCGCGACCCCCCCGACCCCCCGCCGCCCGCCCCCCACGCCGCCACCGUCUCCAACCUGCCCUUCGGCAUCACCGACACCAGGAUCCGGACCCUCGCCGGCCCUCAGCUGCAGACGUUGGUACUGGAUAAGGAAGAGCGCACAGCGAAGAUAACGUUCAAGACCAAAGAAGCCGCGGAGAUGUUUAAAAGGAAAUUUAACAACAAAAUGGUGGCGGCCAGCCGGCUCACCGUCGCACUGCUAGAGUGACGCGCGACCGUCCAGACCAGCGGUCGGGGAACUUUUCUAAUUAUUACCCCAAAAUACUUUUGUGUAAGUUGAUAUUGGUAGGCAUGGUAGGCAGCGGCUUGGCUUUGCU